CCAAUACACAGAUAACAAAACAUAGACCACCAUGGCUGAUAGAUAUUCAUUCUCGUUAACUACAUUCUCACCAAGUGGUAAAUUAGUUCAAAUUGAAUAUGCAUUGAAUGCUGUCAAACAAGGGGUGACCACCAUUGGAAUCAAAUGUGACAAUGGUGUUGUUUUGGCCACUGAGCGUAAAUCCAAUUCCCAUUUGAUAAAAUCCGAAACCAGUUCUAAAGUAGAAUACAUCACUCCUAGCAUUGGUAUGACUUAUAGUGGUAUGGGACCAGAUUUCAGAGUGUUGGUCGACAAGGCCCGUAAAUUAGCCCACACCAACUAUAAACGAAUUUACAACGAAUAUCCACCGGUAAGGAUCAUGGUUCAGGAGAUUGCCAAGGUUAUGCAAGAAUCCACCCAAUCCGGGGGUAUAAGACCAUUUGGGGUUUCCUUGUUGGUCGGAGGAUACGAUGAAUACUCGGAAGUGUUCCAACUAUACCAAAUUGAUCCCUCGGGAAGUUAUUUCCCUUGGAAGGCAACUGCUAUUGGAAAGACUUCAAACUCAGCCAAGACCUUUUUGGAAAAGAGAUGGAAUGAGAACUUGCAAUUGGAAGAUGCUAUCCAUGUUGCUUUGUUGGCAUUGAAGGAAGCAGUUGAAGGUGAAUUAACUGGUGAGAACUUGGAUAUUGCUAUUAUAAGUGAUCCUCAACCCCAGUUGUUGGGUUUCAAGGGAACCAGUGUUGAAGGUCCAAGAUUUAGGAAGUUAUCUGCUGAAGAAAUAAAUGAUACUUUAGAUUCUUUGUAGUACAUAGAAUAAACAGCGUUG